AUUUAAAUACACCCUGCAGCCCUGCACAUGUGAAGUGGGCUUGACUUUGGUAUUUUUUGAAGUUAAGUUUUCGUUCACACCGCUGUCUCCAUUUUGCAAAGAUGUCCUUUAAGCCCAUCGAUCCGAAGCGCGACGAGAUCCGGCGCUAUCUGGAGCGCGGCAGCGUCCUAGACUCGCUGACCAAGAUCUUCAUACGCGUGAUCAAGGAGCGGCCCGAGAAUCCGAUGGAGUACAUCCGGAAUCACAUCGGUGUGGUGCGCCACCAGCACGACAAGUACGAGCGCCUGCAACAGGACCUGCAGCUAGCUAACGAAGAGAUUCAGCGGCUGCGUGGCAUCAUAAACAGCAUUAAUCCAGAGGUACUACAGGGCCAUCCAGGGCCCGUAAUUCCAAGUGAAGCUGCCCCGGAGGCUUCCGAACAAGAGGUGGCAGAGCAAUCACAGGAUGUGGAGCCCACGCAGCAGCAGAACGGAGAAUCCACACCGGAGACGCCUUCUGCUUCAGUUGUGGCGGAGGUCAAUUCCGCUGUGGAGGCCUGCCAGAUUGAGGAGAAAGUGGUGGCUUCCAACGAGGACGUACCAGCCCCAGUUCAACCAAGCCCAUCCGUCCAAGUGGAGGCGAGUUCCUCCAACGAGUAGAUCUCAGAAGACAGUAGCUCACCAAGCUCACACCAAAAACAUCCCAUUUUAGAACGCAUCCAUUUAGAACAAAUGUUAAGUAUUUUCCUAAAUGAAAAUGUAAAUAAAGCUUGAUACAAAUAUGCAUUCCUGCGAA